AUGCUGCCUGACAAUGGAAACGCCGGUGUUGCCAUUCUGAAGGAUGUCUCCCGGAUUAUAAGGUGGAUAUUGGAACACCUGUCUUCAGAUAAAGAGUCCUUUCCUACCACUCAGAUUGGUCACCUAGUCGGUGGCUUUGGUUACAUUGAAAAUUUGAGUCAACAAUUGUUUGAGAGUAAGACCUGGUUGACCGACUUGGGUGAUAUUACAAUAGAUGAGAUGCUUAAGAAAGAUGAAAAAAAAAUACGCCAGGGCUUCUUCUUCAAGAACACUUUGAGAGGAAAUGGAGUGUUCAAGGGCGAGUCCAUUGUGAAUGUAUUCUUGUACUUCAUUUAA